AUGGCUCCUCGUCCGUUCAAGCCCCUCGAUAUCGAGGAUACAAUUUCCAAGCUCUCUCUGAAUGAAAAGACACGCCUGUUGGCUGGUAUCGAUAUGUGGCAUACGUAUGCAGUUCCUCGCUUAGGGAUUCCAUCACUUCGCUUCACUGACGGGCCGAACGGAGCUCGUGGAACCAAAUUUUUCGAAGGUGUCCCUGCUGCGUGUUUCCCCGCUGCGACUGGUCUGGGGUCGUCCUGGGACGUCGAAUUCAUUGAAAAAGUCGGCCAAGCGAUUGGUCGCGAUUGUAAAGAUAAAGGAUGCCACGUUCUCCUCGGCCCGACGAUCAACAUCCAGCGAUCGCCUCUAGGCGGCCGCGGCUUCGAAUCAUACUCGGAAGACCCGCUCUUGUCCGGCACGUUGGCUCGCGCAUUCAUCAAGGGCGUUCAGUCCGAAGGUGUCUCGGCCACCAUCAAGCACUAUGUUACCAACGAUUCCGAGUUUGAGCGGAUGUCCAUGUCCUCCGAACUCUCGACUCGCGCACUUCGUGAGAUUUAUCUCCGUGCGUUUGAGAUUGCUUGCCGUGAUCCCGAGUCGGCUCCUUGGGCUUUGAUGACCGCAUAUAACCGCGUAAAUGGUUUGCAUGCAUCGGAGAAUAAAUAUCUCCUCGAUUCUGUUCUUAGGAAACAGUGGGGAUGGGAUGGACUCAUCAUGUCUGACUGGUAUGGCACAUACUCCGCCGAUGCCUCAAUCAAGGCUGGUCUUGAUCUUGAGAUGCCUGGCCCACCAACUUGGCGCGCGGACGCUCUCCAGCGCUGCGUCACUGCUCAGAAAAUCAGGGUGCCUGAGAUCGACGAUCGCGUUUUGAAAUUGAUUAACCGGGUCGCCGAGUCUGGUAUUCCCGAGAACGCUGACGAGACCGGAGAACCCAAGCCCGAGACUGUCAGCUUGUUGCGCGAGGCUGCUGCUCAUGCCAACGUUCUUCUCAAAAACUCCGAAUCGCUUCUUCCCCUUUCUGCCAAGGACGUCACUUCUAUUGGUGUCAUCGGUCCCAACGCAGAUGCGCCAGUAUUCUCUGGUGGAGGAUCCGCUAAUCUCCGGCCUUACAAGCACACCACCGCACUUGAGGGUAUCGCCGCCGCUCUCGCGGACGCAGGCAACAAGGUCGAGGUACAAUACACACUCGGGGCCCACGCACACAAAGAAGCUCCGCUUUUGGGUGCCAAGCACUUGAAGACCAAGGCCGGGGAGCCUGGCUACGACAUCGAGUGGUUCAACGAGGAUCCAGUUCAGAACCCCGAUGCAAAGAGGGUUCAUUAUAACCGUGGAACCACAUCGUUUGCGUUCUUCAACGAUAAUCUGCCGACAGAUGAUAUUCUUCACCAAGAAUGUUGGGCUACAAUGACUGGUAUUUUCACACCUGACGUUACUGGCAAGUACGAAUUUGGAGCGGCUGCGACCGGCCUUGUCGAUGUUUAUGUUGACGGAAAGAAGAUCAUCGACAACUCGACUAACCCCGUGCCUGGCCACGUUUUCUUCAUGACUGGAACUGUCGAAUUAUGCAACACCGUCGAGCUCACGGCUGGAAAGUCAGUCGAGAUUAUACUACAAUUCACCAGCCCGGUCGCCGCCCGUGCCAGGGGAUUCACCCAGGUUGGUGCAGGGUCGCUCUCCCUCGAGGGCCGCGGUGGUUGCCGCUGGGGCGGGGGACGUGCAUUUCAAGAUGAACAGGGUAUCAAGGAGGCGGUGGAUCUUGCUAAGAAGGUUGACAAGGUCGUGCUCGUAGUCGGUCUCAACAAUGACUGGGAAUCAGAGGGAUAUGAUAGGGAUAACAUGGAACUGCCACGAGCAACCAACCGGCUUGUCUCGGCAGUGCUCGAGGCAAACAAAAAUACGGCAGUAGUGGUCAUCAGCGGUACACCUGUCUCUAUGCCCUGGGCCGAUACUGCUUCGACAAUCGUGCAGUCAUUCUAUUCUGGAGGCGAAGCAGGUCAUGGCUUAGCCGAUGUACUGUUUGGCAAGGUUAACCCGAGCUCGAGGCUUCCACUUAGUUUCCCGGUUAGAGAUGAAGACACUCCGUCUUACCUCAACUUCCCUGGCCAGAACGGUAAAGUUCUUUACGCUGAGGGGGUAUUCGUUGGCUACAGGCACUAUCUCACAUACAAGAAGAAAGUCCUCUUCCCCUUCGGACAUGGUCUAUCUUACACACAAUUCGAGCAUUCCAAUCUAAAGCUUUCCGGAAAAAUUGGAAAGGACAGCGCUGUCAGUGUCUCCGUUACAGUCAAGAACACCGGAAAACAUACAGGCCGUGAUGUCGUUCAAGUAUAUGUUCGUGAUAUUGUCUCACGCCUAGAUAGACCGGUCAAGGAGCUCAAAGGCUUUGCGAAGUCAUCCUUGCUUGAUCCUGGAAAGUCCGAAACUGUUACUAUCAGUCUGGACAAGUAUGCGUUCGCGUACUUUGACGAUUGGGCUGGAGAGGGUCGCGAUGGCGAAGGAUUAUGGGUCGCUGAAGCGGGUGACUUUGAAGUCAUUGUGUCAUCCACGAGCGAGGAUGCUGGUAUCUCCUCGGGAAUCACUCUGGAGCAAUCAUUCGAAUGGAUUUGA